AUGAUCGGAUUCUUCACUUCGCGCGCCUUUGCAGUGUUGGCAGUCAUGGCUACUCUUGCCUGCGUCUCUGCUUUUGAUCCUAUGACGGUUGAUAAUAGCACCAAGUUGACAUGGUGCCAAAACCAAGUCGGUUUCUGCACCAACGUCUGUCAGGAGUUGACCAAUGGAGGCGAGACCCUCGACAACAGAUGCGACAUCCAGUCAUUGCUCUACUCUUGCGAGUGUAAGGGAGGCAUUGUCCCCAACACGACCGCCGACGUCCAGCAAUGUAUCAAGGUCUGCCCUCAGGCCGACAACGGAUGCUACAGCAAAUGCAACGCUCGCAACUGCACGGCCGAGUUCCCCAAGAAGUACAACCAGACCAUUGCUACCUCGACCUCGUCCACUCCUACUGCUGGUUCCGGAAGCUCCCAGAUCACGGCCCUGCCUCCUGGUAUCUUUGGAAACUCUGGCAAUAUGAACCGCGGUGUUCAGACCUGGACUGCGCUUGGAGGGUCGAGUGUUUUAGGAUUGGUUGUCUUUUUGACUGUUGGGGUUCUUUUCGGAAACCAGAUGGAGUAA